CUCCCCCUCCCCCCCCCCCACCGACCGACUAGUGCAAGUGCCCCUUGAACGCCUCGGUUCGCAUUCUUCUCUCUCUCUCUCUCUACAACAUGACCGAGUACAAGCUUGUUGUUGUUGGCGGUGGUGGUGUCGGCAAGUCCGCACUUACCAUCCAGCUCAUCCAGAACCACUUUGUGGAUGAGUACGACCCCACCAUCGAGGACUCGUACCGCAAGCAGGUCAUCAUCGACCAGGAGACGUGCCUGCUGGACAUUCUCGAUACUGCCGGACAGGAGGAGUACUCGGCGAUGCGCGACCAGUACAUGCGGACCGGCGAGGGCUUCCUCUGCGUCUACGCCAUCACCUCGCGCUCGUCGUUUGAGGAGAUCACCGCGUUCCGCGAGCAGAUCCUCCGUGUCAAGGACGCCGACGCUGUCCCGAUCAUGAUCUGCGGCAACAAGUGCGAUCUCGAGUCGGAGCGCCAGGUCUCUGCCGCCGAGGGCGAGGAGCUUGCCAAGUCGUUCACCGUCCCGUUCCUCGAGACCUCGGCCAAGACCCGCGUCAACGUCGAAGAGGCGUUCUUCCAGCUCGUCCGCGAGAUCCGUCGCAUGAAGAAGGACGACUCGGCCGGCGGUAAGCCCGCGGGCAAGAAGAAGAAGUGCCUCAUCCUGUAGAUUGCCUGUGACCCCUGUCGCACUUGUUGAACGCAUCAAAGUCUUCCUCGAUAAGA